CUCUGCUAGAGCGCUCUCGGGGUGGGAGAGCACUUCUCCCUAAGGCUCAGCGAGGCGCGAGCGGAGAAGCCCCCUCGCCAGGAGCUCGCCCAGGGCGCGGGGGAAGCGCCCGGGUCCCUUUAAGGUGCGGCGCUCGGCGAAGUGCGGGCAGGCGGCCCGCGAGCCGGCGCGGGGCCAGGAGCCGGGUGGGGAAAGUCCUGCCUCCCCCUCCGCCCGCACCGGGCCUCGCGGGGCCCGCACCCUCCGCCCACCGCACCGCCAGGGCCAUGCGGCGCCCCUGAACCAUGUCGUCCUCCUACGCCAAGAACGGGGCGGCCGACGGGCCGCACUCCCCCAGCUCGCAGGUGGCCCGAGGCACCACGACCCGGAGGAGCAGGUUGAAAAGAUCCGAUGGCAGCACUACUUCCACCAGCUUCAUCCUCAGACAGGGUUCAGCAGAUUCCUAUACAAGCAGGCCAUCGGAUUCCGAUGUCUCUUUGGAAGAGGACCGCGAAGCGAUUCGGCAAGAGAGAGAACAGCAAGCAGCAAUCCAGCUCGAGAGAGCAAAGUCCAAACCUGUAGCAUUUGCUGUGAAAACAAAUGUGAGCUACUGUGGUGCCCUGGAUGAGGAUGUGCCCGUUCCCAGCACAGCCAUCUCCUUUGACGCCAAGGACUUUCUUCACAUUAAAGAGAAAUAUAACAAUGACUGGUGGAUAGGGAGGCUGGUGAAAGAAGGCUGUGAGAUUGGCUUCAUCCCAAGUCCGCUGCGCUUGGAGAACAUGCGGAUUCAACAGGAGCAGAAAAGAGGCCGUUUUCAUGGCGGGAAAUCGAGUGGGAACUCUUCCUCCAGUCUGGGAGAAAUGGUGUCAGGAACAUUUCGAGCGACUCCCACCACAACAGCAAAACAGAAGCAGAAAGUGACAGAGCACAUUCCUCCUUACGAUGUUGUACCCUCAAUGCGUCCUGUGGUGUUAGUGGGACCAUCACUGAAAGGUUAUGAGGUAACAGACAUGAUGCAGAAAGCCCUCUUUGAUUUCCUGAAGCACAGGUUUGAUGGGAGGAUAUCAAUAACAAGAGUAACGGCUGACAUUUCUCUUGCUAAGAGGUCUGUCCUCAACAAUCCUAGCAAGAGAGCAAUAAUCGAACGUUCAAACACCAGAUCCAGCUUAGCGGAAGUACAAAGUGAAAUUGAAAGAAUUUUUGAAUUGGCAAGAUCUUUGCAGUUGGUUGUCCUUGAUGCAGACACCAUCAAUCACCCAGCACAGCUCAUAAAGACGUCCUUAGCCCCCAUCAUCGUUCAUGUGAAAGUCUCAUCUCCAAAGGUUUUACAGCGGCUGAUUAAGUCCAGAGGAAAGUCUCAAAGCAAACACUUGAAUGUUCAACUCGUGGCCGCCGAUAAGCUGGCCCAGUGCCCACCGGAAAUGUUUGAUGUUAUAUUAGAUGAGAAUCAGCUUGAGGAUGCUUGUGAGCAUCUGGGCGAGUACUUGGAGGCAUACUGGCGUGCCACCCACACAAGCAGUAGCACCCCCAUGACCCCAUUACUGGGGAGGAAUGUGGGCUCCACAGCCCUUUCACCAUAUCCCACAGCAAUCUCUGGAUUACAGAGUCAGCGAACGAGGCACAGCAACCAUUCUACAGAGAAUUCUCCCAUUGAAAGACGAAGCUUAAUGACCUCUGAUGAGAAUUACCACAACGAGAGGGCUCGUAAGAGUAGGAACCGCUUGUCUUCCAGCUCCCAGCACAGCCGAGAUCACUACCCUCUGGUAGAAGAAGAUUACCCCGACUCAUACCAGGACACUUACAAACCCCAUAGGAACCGAGGCUCACCAGGGGGUUACAGCCAUGACUCCCGACAUAGGCUUUGAGGCUGCCGAGACAAACACACAGAAAUGCUCAUCUGUUGACAAAUUGUCAUCACACUGCUAGGAUAACCAAUCGUCGUAACUGGCAAGCACAGCACAGUAUCUGCUGUGGGUGGGCUGCUGUCAUUUGAUUUAAGGGGCAAGAAUUAAAUAGAAGUACAUUAUGCCCUUGAGUCUAGAUGGGUAUUAGAUGCCCAAUCAGAUAGGCAUUUUUAAGUGUUACAUUUACAUGAUAACAGUACAUUUUGUUUUCUUCAUAGAGUUUAGACACAUCAAUUUGUAAUUUAGGGUACUUAUCAAGGCACAUAUAAAAUAAUUUCCCGUGUAGGAAAUUCCAAAUGACCAGUUCCACUUGGAACCAAUUUAUAAACCAAUUCCUGUUGGAAUUUGGGUGAAUUGACUGGAAAGUCUACUCGAGCAUGUUGAAAUCAAUUGAAAAAUCAGAAAAAAAAUACCCAAUAAGAAAAUCAAAAUACCAAUAGAAACCCCAAACCAACUGUGGUAUUUAUUUGCUAGAAGCUAAAUUUACACUUCAAGUUGGAAUGUAUAAACAUUUAAAUAAUAUGUUAAUGUUGCCAGAAUGGCUUUUCAAACCUACCAAUGUAUUGAUAGUGCCAAAAAAAUCUCAGAAAUCUUAAUGCAGAAAUUAUAUAAUUGCCUCAGAUUUUAAUAUUUGUAUUUUUCCUGAUACAGCUGUUGUAUUCCGGGUGUUUUGCUUUCUGUUCAGUCAGUACUGUUAGCUAGUUUGAAGCUGACAAAAUCAGGAGGACAAGUUUAUCAGCAAUGAGGACAGUAAAGAGAAACCCAAGCGUGGCCAGUUCUGGGAAAUGGGAAAUGAGGAGUUGCUUCUUCUGUAAUCAGUCUGUGUACAACCACACACAUCUCAAGUCAGACGACAGAGACAGGGCCAGACCUUUCUGGGGCCAGAGGAAGUCAUCCAUCCCACUGCACACCAACACUGGCUCAGGAAUUCUGCCAGGAUGGCUGAUGUCUUUCCCUAACUUCACUCAGUCUCUGUCUUUAAAUAUAAAGAAUGGGUUAGCACUACACCACAGUAUUUAAAUCAAAUUAACAACUUUUUGUUUGUUUGUUUUUCAUGGACAUAAUCAAAUCAGGUACUGAAAGUUAUGUUUUCACAAGAAAAACUAAUUGGGAAAAGUUAAGACACUGAAUUAAAAUCUUGCAGAAACAAAACAAAACAAAACCCAGAUUCAGAAUAUAUUUGUUCAUUAAAAGUAAGGCACUUUCAAUGCAGGGCCUUAGAGAGAUUACAGACUGCUGUAUUUCAUUGCUAGUGAACAGCCUUUAGAUUUCCAAUGAGUGUAUUUAUGGAAUGGGUGACCCAUAUCCUAAAGAUUAAAGAAGACUUUAAUCCAAGAAACCUUUGAAAUUGACUCUUUUGUACAAGAAACAAUUGUCUUUAUGAAAGGACUUGUUUCUAAAAUGACACAAUGCAUGUGUUUUCUAAAACCCCAAUUGGAGCUAGACAUAAAGGUCUUUCUACUAAUGCCUUGAAGUCCAUUUUUGAAAAGUAGUAUAAUUAAUUUUAUAUUGUUAUUUUCUCCAAAAUUUCAAGACCUGGGCCCUCAAAACUAUGUACCAGUUCAUUCAUUUUCCUGAUUGAGAGAAAAAGUUUCCUAUUCUUGACCAGUUAUUCAUAUCUUGAAUCCCAUCAACCUCAUGUGCCCUCCCCUUGUCUUGACUGUAUGUGCAACCCGUUAUGAACCUGCUUACCUGACAAUGAGGCUGCCUGAAAUUUUGUAAGUAAUCUCAAACAUUGAUACAUUUAAACAUGGGCUCAGUACAAUGGACAAGCUAACGUAUGAUACUGGCUUGUGAAGCUCUUUCGUCAUCUAGCAAGGCUUACAGGAUUUUCUGUUAAGACUUUUAAGAGCGCUAUAUUCAUUGGGCUCUUUAAUAAGCAUAUAAUAUUCCAUUACUGAAUACUUUGUUAGAGCACAGAAGAGCAUUUUCCAGCAAACAAACUAUAUUUAUUACAUGUAUAGCACAUAUUUGCAUGAGAAAGAAAACAUUAGGCAAACAUUUUCCUGUAUGCUUUACUGGUUCCUUGUCUGUGCGCAUUAAAGCAUUUAAUUGCAGAGAGUGCCCUCGGGUGUAUAAAUUUAGAGUAGACUGCUGUUCAGCUUUUUCUGCAGUAGCAUUAGCAAUCUGGUUAUCUAACUACUUUAAGAUGUUUCUAUUUUAUGGCGGGUAGCUGUGACAGCAUUUACACAUAUUUCCUAGUCAACAAGGGCACCAUUUCUCUCCACUUUUCUUCAAGUCUCUCCAGCCUUCUUUUCCCCCCUUGCCCUUCCAUGUCAUGCUGAAAGAGGGAGGCCCAUUUCAUCUGUGUACAAAACUCCCUCAUCACUUGCCAUCAGACGUCCAUAGCUAUUUUGCUUUGCAGUCCUAUUCAAAAGCUAAUAACGAUGGAAGGGUAAAAUGUAUACUUUUGAUGGUGUACUUACUAUUUCACUUUAACUUGGCCUAUCUUUCUUUCAUCUUCCUCUUCUAAGAAGUGUCUCCCCUCCAGAUGAAGAAGAGAUACGACUCUUCCUUUCUUUGUAAAGGCUCAGAGUUGCUUAUGUAAAUGUCUAAAAUCCAGAUAUAUACUAAAUAAAAAGUUUUAAUUUUGCCCAGCAUACCAAGAACCUCUAGGAAAUACAUAUUACAAGUACUUUGUUUUAAUUCAUUUCACUCAAAAUGGCAAAUAAUGACAAGCAGGAGAAAUAUUUCUUUAUCAUUUGAAGCUGUUUUCACUUAUAGAAUAAACUGUGUUAGAAUUCUGUGAUUUUUUUUUUUAAUGAUAUGUACUAAUGCAGACUCGUCUAACAAUGUGGAAAUGUGGUCCUGGAAAAAGGAGAAAUGCAAUUUGUGGGUCCUUGUGCUUAUUUCCAAGGCUAUGGUGUACUCCAAUAUUAUAAUCAACACUGUUACCUUGUUUAUGCUAACACUUAAAACAAUGUGUAGUGGUGUUUAUAAAUGACUGAUGAUUCGCUCUCAUCUUUCUAUAGCUCUGAAGGGGAGAAGAUUUGGAUUGUUAGCAAUUUGACGCAUGGUCUUUCCUAAAAAGUGUCUCAAUUGUGUGACUAUACAAAUCAUUGCAUUUCAUCCUUAAUGGAAUGAAUUUUAAAGUCUGAAACAAAUUGAGACAACUAUUAGUUCCAGUUUAAAUAAUGUGCUUAUUUACUCCAAUUAUUAUUGUUGUUUGCAAAAAUGUAUUUUUAGAACGUUAACCUCUUUUCAUACCUGCAUACUUGAACUUGUCUUUUGUUGGGGGGCCUUAAAUUUCAUAGUAGAGAACAGGGGAAGUAAAAAGGGAAUGAAGACAAGGAAAUUGUGGCAAAAGAGAGCUCACAAUCUUCAGCUCUUUAAAUGAACAUAUCCCAAAAUACUGAGACACAGUAUGUCAGUUAAGAAUGUUUCUAGGCAACCUUAUUUGCAAGCUAGUAUAUUUUCUUACAUAAUUUUAUUUUGCUAUUUGCUAAAAAACAAAAGAUCACAAUACCACCACACAAAUUGCCCUCUCUAAUGAUAUGUAUACUACCUCUUCUGUAGAGAAAACUGUCUUUGAAGGGAAAAGUCCUGGUGAUAGAGUGUCUGUUCUGCCAACAGUGCGGCAGUUAAGUGUUUACAAGUUUAAACUCUGCCUGCCCUUUAGAUUUUACAUGAUUUUCAAAUGCUCUCACCAUGGUUUCAUUUCUUCCAUGUUAGUAAGGUUUGCUUGGAAUGGAUUCACAGCUUAUCAUGAAGUGAGUUUAAUUUAGCAAGAAGCCAUCCUAAGAAACAAAGCAAACUGAAAGGAACUACCUCUGUGUGCAAAGUGUAGCCUACAGUUCAAGGUCUGAGGAAGAGAAAUCCAGAGACUUGCUGUUUAAAGCAGAGCUGGUUGAUCCUUGACUUGUAUGGACACCGAGGGUAUGCUGUAGCCCCUUACUGGGGUUGGAUCUGCAUUGUCUAGAACUCCCAUGUAAUUGGAACAAACUUCAUAUCAAUGUUUCAAAUAAAUGCUUAUGUAACCCUUAUUCCUUUA